CCGAGGAAGUAUACUGUUGAAGAACUAUGUUCCAAUACAGUGUGUUUAAACAACGGAACUUGUGUGGUGGAAGGAUAUGUUCCAAGGUGUGAUUGUCCACUUGGCACUAUGGGUAGCAGAUGUGAAAAAUAUGUUACCGUUCGUUUCCCUAAUUUCUAUGGUAUUGGUUAUCUUGGUCUUCCAGUAUUAAAAGAUGGUUAUAAAGAAUUUGCCAUCGUGAUUGAAUUCAGACCUCAGGCCCAGAAUGGUCUAUUAUUAUUUUCUUCAGAAUCAGAAUCAGCUAAAUCUGAUUUCUUUUCUAUUACAUUAGUGGAUGGUUUUGUAGAGUUCAGAUUUGAUUGUGGUACUGGUAUGGGUAUUAUAAGAAGUCAAGAUAUGGUAACAAUAGGAGAUUGGAACCGAGUAGCUGUGUUUAGAAUUGAUAAUACAGCAACCAUUAGAUUGAACAAUCAAAAUCCUGUAGAGGGAACUGCCAAGGGUGCAUUUUCUCGUAUAACAUUACGACUGAAUACAUAUCUUGGUGGUUAUAGUAAUAUGAGUAAUAUAGAAUCUAGAGUUGGUACCAGAAAGAGGUUUAUUGGCUGCGUACAAGAAGUUGUUAUUAAUGGCUAUAGAUAUGAUAUGAGGAAGGCUGAUAUUGUGGGUGAUACAGAAUUUGGUGUCAAUGUUGGUGAAUGUAGUGAAGGUAUUUGUGAAGCUGUUAUUUGUAAUAAUGGUGGUACAUGUAGUAUAAAAUCAGCCGACACUCAUGUUUGUUUAUGUCCAUUAGGAUUUUCAGGAAAUACUUGUGAAAAACGACAUGAAAUUCAUAUUCCAAGAUUUAGUGGACAUGCCUAUUUACAAUAUGAAGGUUUAGGACGAACAGUAUUGACCUAUACUGAUAUAGAAAUAGUGUUUAAACCUACUACUGGAGAAGGUUUAUUGUUAUAUAAUGGUUAUACUAAAGAUAGAAAGGGAGAUUUUAUAUCUCUAGCAUUGAGAGAUAGUUAUCUGGAAUUUAGGUUUGAUUUAGGUACAGGACCAGCUAAAAUCAGGAGUUUGAAACCAUUAGAAUUAAAUGUGUGGCAUGUAGUGCGAGUAGAAAGAACUGGACUACAGGGUACACUAGUUGUUGAUGAUCAGUUAGAAAUGGAAGGUGAUGCUCAAGGUGCCUACACUCAGUUAACACUGCUAGAAAACCUGUUUAUUGGUGGUCAUAGUAAUUAUGAUGAAACAUCUAAACAUGUCAAUAUGACAUCAUCAUUUUCUGGUUGUAUUCAAAAGGUUGUUAUCAACAAGAAACCAGUAGAUAUAAUGGAAUCAGCUAUUGAUGGUGUUAAUAUAGAACCAUGUGAACACCCUUGUGAUGGUGAACCAUGUAUGAACGGUGGAGAGUGUAUACCACAUCAUGAUAUAUAUCAGUGUUAUUGUCCUCUUGGUUUCUCCAACACCAACUGUGAACAUAAAAUGAGAAAAUUACCUACUAAACCUAUGUUUAAUGGAGCUGCCUUCUUAAUUUACACAGAUAAAAAGGUCGUCAAAAGGGUAAUUGGUAGUAAAAUAGAUCUACAAAUGUAUAUUAAACCAAGAGAUAGAAAUGGUCUCUUGUUUUGGACUGGACAAGAUCACAUGACCACCACCAGCGAUUUUAUAGCUCUUGGAUUCCGAGACGGUAGUCUACAGUUCCGCUUCAAUUUAGGUAGUGGAGAAGCUGUUAUUGGUUAUAAUAAUUCUGCACUCUUUGAUGGUUCCUGGCAUUUCAUAAGAGCCCAAAGAGAUAAACAAGAUGCCUAUUUAGAAAUUGAUGGUGUUGAAAUAGUAGAAGGUAGUUCACCUGGUAGUUAUACUAUAUUAAAUACCAAUAAAAUACUAUAUUUGGGAGGAAUGCCAGAUGUGUCAGAGAAAACUCUGGGAAUUUUUUCUACUGGUUAUUCCGGUUGUAUCAAAGAUGUCAAAUUAGCCACAGAUUUUAAAUUGAAAUUAAUUGGACAUGCUCAGAGUGGCCGUAAUGUGAAUCAGUGUACUUCACGUAGAUUGUGA